GCGAUGUGUGCGUGCCAUGUAUAUCGUACAUACAUACGUAUCUGUCAGUGAUCGAGUACGGCAGCUUUCACGUUGAUGAUACGGGGACUUUCGGGGCUCACAGGGUGAUCUCGCACGAAACUUAUUAUUUAUCAUCGUUACCGCGGACGUUCCGUCUUGGCCGCGACAAAAAUUGACACGCGGGCAUGAGGUCCACCUGCAGGAAUGACAACUGAUGGUUGCCGCCGCCGUCGUCGUCGCCGUCGUCGUCGUCGUCCUAUACUCGCUUAUCGAAUCUGUGUCUUUGACGCUUCGUCGCGGUGGUGUCCGUGAGGACGAUGCUCCGCGUCGCGGAGCAACAUCGUUAAUGCGUAACGUCUCUCCGCAUUUUCGGCUUAUGGAUUCCGCGUGAGAAAAUUACACGAGCUAGGAUAGAGUGAGAAAGAGAGAGAGAGAGAGAGAGAGAGAGAUUUUCACGACAUACAGAUCGACGUGCGUUGUCGUCCAUCGCGUGGAACAUCUCUUACCAGUCUCCAAGAGACAGGAGGAUACCUUGUAAUUUCGGGAUAUCAAAUACUUGCUGAUAAAGUUUCUAAAAAAAGCAUAGAAAUGGAAAGUUCAGAGGAACCGACCAGUUUGCAAUCCAUAUGUCAUCUACAUGCCUCAGAACUGUUCCCCAAGCAUACGCAUUUUGAGUGCGAGGAUGAAACGCUAACAAUUCCAUUCACGCCAUUGAGCGGAGAAUCAGUAGUGGCAUUGGGACGAACAACUGAUGGUGUUUUAGCACUUUCAAAUUAUAGACUUUAUUUGCAAUUAAGUCAAACGUGUUACAAUAUACCUCUAGGUCUCAUUGAGCAAUUGGAAGUCAAAGAGAUUUUCUAUCUGCAUAUUGGAUGCAAAGAUGCACGUUCUUUAAGUUGUGCAUUUACCACAAAUGAACACUGUUUAGAGUGGUUUAAACGAUUACAUAAAGUGACCUAUCCACGAAAAAGUAUAGAGGAUAUAUUCGCGUUUGCUUAUUAUGCAUGGUCCAUAGAAGAAGGCAAGGAUUAUCCUAGACUUGGAAAAGAUAAUAGUUCUUAUAUUACUACUUUUAAUUCAGAGGUCGAGCGAUUGAAGUUCAAUUUACAUGGCACAUGGCGUAUAAGUCAAAUAAAUAAGGAUUAUCGCAUGUGUCCAUCCUAUCCGCCACAACUAUUGGUUCCUGCUUGCAUUUCUGACGAAACCCUAGAAUUUGUUGCCAAAUUUAGAAGUUCCAGACGUAUUCCAGCUAUUGUGUGGAGGCAUGUGAAUAACGGUGCCGUAAUAGCUCGCAGCAGCCAACCAGAAGUUGGUUGGCUCGGCUGGAGAAGUUCCGAGGAUGAAGACCUUCUGAAGGCUCUUGCAGACGCGUGUAGCUACGAUAAGGGCGAAUCCACGAUGGUAGACUCGCCUAUUACGUACUCCGACGUUGGUGAUGAUACUAUAACACCGAGCGCUGCCAAGAAAGUUUUAAUCGUCGAUGCAAGAUCGUACACAACAGCCGUAGCGAAUCGAGCACGUGGUGGCGGCUGCGAGUGUCCGGAAUAUUAUCCGAGUUGCGACAUACAAUUUAUGAAUCUGCCGAAUAUUCAUUCGAUACGGAAAAGCUUCCACGCCGUACGACAGUUAUGCGCGUCAGAUGCGGAUCAACCAAAUUGGUUAAGUUUGUUGGAAGGUACGCGAUGGCUGCAACACAUGUCGGGUUUAUUGCGAGCGGCCGUCACCGUGGCUUCCGCAAUUGAGAGAGAUGGUCGACCAGUAUUAGUACACUGUAGCGAUGGUUGGGAUAGGACGCCCCAAAUUGUUGCGUUAGCGCAGAUACUACUUGAUCCAUAUUAUCGGACUAUGGAGGGGUUCCAAAUUUUGAUUGAGAGAGAAUGGUUAGACUUUGGACAUAAGUUCGCAGAUCGAUGCGGUCAAACAAUCGGUUGCGACGAUCCCAAUGAGCGUUGUCCGGUAUUUCUUCAGUGGCUUGAUUGCGUCCAUCAGUUAAUUCUGCAGUUUCAAUGCAGUUUUCAAAUGUCGUCGGCAUAUCUUGUGAAAUUAGCCCAGCAUACAUACUCACAAUUAUUUGGUACAUUCCUGUGUAAUACCAGGCAGGAGAGGCUGCAAUUGAGAAUACGUGAACGUACGUUCUCCGUUUGGCGUUUUCUCAACUCUACUGCGUUCGUCAAUCAUUUAUAUUCGCCGUUAAAAAAUCAAGUAUUAUGGCCAAGUUGCAAUGUGCGUGAUCUUGUCCUAUGGUCUGAAGUGUAUUUAGGUUCUAUGGAAUCGUCGCUCGGUAUGAAAGAUGAUAAGCAGAGAGUGACGUUGAUUGACAUCGAGGGCGGUGAGAGCGAAGAACCACAAGGACAGAUGACGAAGACGAGAUCGUAUGGCGAUCUCAUGCACGCUCCCGAUCAUGCGGUUUAUUUGCACCGAAGACGUAGCGAUCCGAGUAUUUCUAUGGAGAAAAAAUUCGACACUUUAACGCUUGAGACUGAAACAGAUCAAAAGAGCGCGAGAACUACGGACGAUAAUAAAAAUGAAGCUGUGAACGAGAAUUCAUUAGAGACUGAAACCAAGACGAAACGAUGUACUGUGAACCAAACAUCCAACGAUUCACCCGCCAAUCCCUCGGUAGAUAGUUCUACCGACACUUUGAUACCUAACAAUGAUUCUGCCGUUGCAGUCAUUAACGGAGAAAAGGAAGCAUCACACACGAAUUCAUCGCGGGAUAUCGUAUCACCGUGGAUUGAAACCGGCACCACCACAACUGGACGAAUCGUUUGCUCAUCGUGUAAUCGCAAUCACAACGAGGGUAGUGAUGUGAGUGAUACUAGCGCCCCAUUGAUAUCAAGAACUCCCAGUAGCAUAUGUCCGGCUUCUCCAACCCAUCAGGACGUUAUGCUAGAUAAUCCUGACUGGCUGGAUGAUGUUGACGGUCUUCCUGUCAUAUGUUGUGACGUCCAAAUGCGAGUACAACAAAUUAUCGUAGAGCAUAAGCUUAAAGAAGAAGCUCUAAGGAAGGAAUUACAUACAACGAGGCUGGCACUAAUCAAACAAGUUUGCAAUCACAACGCCGAUACUGAUCGUAUCGACGAUAUUGGUUCAUUACCGGAUUCUGUGGGUAGUACCGGUGAACAUGGGGAGUCAUUACCAUCAGAUAUGUCUUGGGAAGCUGUGGAGGAGCUGAGUCCCGCUCCCAUUCUCUGGGUGCCCGAUCAUGCUGUGACCCGAUGCAUGGGUUGUAACACGGAGUUUUGGCUUGGUAGACGUAAGCAUCACUGCAGAUGCUGUGGCAAGAUUUUCUGCGCCGACUGCUCUGAAAAUUCCACCCCUCUGCCCAGUGAACAGCUAUACAAUCCCGUGAGAGUGUGUAGCGACUGCUAUGCACGGCUGCACAAUCAUCAUCAUCAGAUAAACUCCUGUCCAUGCAACGCCCGCCACCAAUGUAUUAAAAUGGAGAACGAGAUGGAUUCCUCUGAAGUGACUCUUCCGCAACCAGCAACAUGUCAGAAGUCGAGAAAGCUGCCGCCCGCUGUAACGAAGGAUACUUGCUGCGACAAUUUGUUGCAGGCAACGCAUCAGAAAACUCAACCAUCCGUCGCAGCGGCUACGGCGAAUUGAAGAGAUAGAUCUGAAGAAUCGAGCGAGAGAGGGAAAGCCCGAGGAAAGGCAAUGCAUUGGGGACAACGUGAUUUUCUCCUCCAUCGAUUGCCGAUCAACAUCAUUUCACUCUGCGUGGCGCGCAUUGCAUCGCCGGAUUUAUACAUAAUUUGUAUCGGAUAUAUAGCAUGCGGACUAACUCAUCUAGAGUGUCCUAAGCGAUUUAAUAUAUUUAUUGCUAGAUUAAUAAUUUGUACGCGAACAAGAGUGUAUAGCAGAUAUGCAGAAAAAAAUUGCAGAAAGAGAGAGAGAAAGAGAGAGAUAGUAUACGAGGUUGUAUAUACUCUGGGAGUGAUCUCGAGCUAAAAUUUCUAGCUUCUUCUGAGAGAUACUCCUCUGAGAAAUUCAGGGAGGUCCUUCAAGUUUAUCCGUUUCUCUAAAUAUCUCCACGCUUAGCACGAUGAGAAGUGGUGAGUGGCAAAUUUUUGGAUAGGCUGUGAUCGACGUCUAACUUUGUUAGACGACUAUACUACGGAGCGAAGUGCUAAUUAAUUGUCAAUUUGAUCACGACGAUAGCAUUAUUUCGUUAAUUAGCAAUCGAAGUUAGCGAUCGAGCGAAACGAACGAGAUCGUAUUUCUUAUAUCGCCAUCGUAUGUACGAGAAUUGGGAUAUUAAAUGUCAUUACCGCACGCGUC